AUGUCUUCCAACUUUCCUAUCCCUUCUGUUGCUAAUGCUGGCACUGCUCCUGCAAUCAUUAGCUCUGUAGGUGGUGCACACAUUCCUGCUCCUGCUGCCAAUGCCACUCCGCUUCCAACACUCUCUCCGCGCUCGCCCUCUGCUCCCCAUCGCCCUGUUACUGCGUUUGAGGAUAAGGAUGUUACUACUGCUACCUUGGUCUUGCAAGAUGGGUCCAGCUAUCAGGGUAUUUCAUUUGGCGCAGAAAGCAAAAGUAUUUCUGGUGAAUGUGUAUUUCAGACAGGUAUGGUGGGUUAUCCUGAAUCGCUGACGGAUCCUUCAUAUCGUGGCCAGAUCCUGGUCUUGACGUUUCCCUUGGUCGGCAACUACGGUGUGCCUUCUCGCACUGAGAUGGAUGAGCUCCUCCAAGACGUCCCCAAGUACUUUGAAUCGAGUGAAAUUCAUGUGGCAGGCUUGAUCGUUGGCAACUAUGCCCAGGACUACUCGCAUUAUUUGGCUACAUCCUCCCUUUCUACUUGGCUCAAAGAGAACAAUGUUCCUGGUCUGUAUGGUAUUGAUACACGUGCAAUGACCAAGAAGAUCCGUAUUAAAGGUGCUCUUCUGGGUAAGAUUCUGUUCCCCAAGUCUCUUGCCAAUAGCACGGUAGAUGCUGCUGCUUCUGCUCUCGGGCUGAGUGCUCCUUCCGACUUAAUGCCCUCUGAACGCUGGAUGGUGGACUAUCAAGAUGUGGAUUGGGUGGAUCCCAACAAGAGAAAUUUGGUUGCUGAAGUUUCCAUCAAGGAGCCCAAGAUCUACUAUCCAGAUCCAGCCAAGGCCAUCAAGACUCCUUCUGGUCGCACCAUGCGUAUCAUUGCUGUUGAUAUUGGUAUGAAGUACAAUCAAAUCCGUUGUUUUGUCUUUCGUGGCGUUGAGCUCAAGAUUGUCCCUUGGGAUUAUGAUUUCAAUGCUGAGCCUGCUGACUCUUACGACGGCCUCUUUCUUUCCAAUGGCCCUGGUGAUCCAACCACAAUUGACAUUACCAUCAAGAAUACUGCCAAGUUUCUCAAGGAUAUCAAGAAACCCGUCUUUGGUAUUUGUCUCGGUCAUCAAGUGAUGGCUCUUGCUGCAGGUGCCAAAACCAUGAAGAUGAAGUAUGGUAAUCGUGGUCAGAACAUUCCUUGCACUAACAUGCUCUCUGGCCGUUGUUACAUUACCUCUCAGAAUCACGGCUAUGCUGUCGACGCUGCAUCUCUUCCUGAAAACUACCAAGAGCUCUUUGUCAAUGCCAACGAUGGUUCCAAUGAAGGUGUGAUCCACAAGUCGCUUCCUUUUUUCUCUGUUCAAUUCCAUCCUGAGUCCACCCCUGGUCCUCGUGAUACUGAAUUCCUCUUUGACGUCUUUAUCAACAAUGUCAAGGACUGUCUCGAAAAGAACACACUUGUUCCUGUCCAUAUGCCUGGUGGUAGUAUUGUUGAGAAUCGCAACAAGAAUCCCAGAGUGCAUGUCAACAAGGUGCUCGUUUUGGGUUCUGGUGGUUUGUCUAUUGGUCAAGCUGGUGAAUUUGACUACUCUGGCUCUCAAGCCAUCAAGGCGUUGAAGGAGGAAGGCAUUUACACUGUGCUGAUAAAUCCCAACAUUGCCACUAUCCAAACUUCCAAGGGUUUGGCUGACAAGGUCUAUUUCUUGCCUGUUACCCCUGAAUACGUCCGUAAAGUCAUCCAGUUUGAGAAGCCUGAUGGUAUCUAUGUCACGUUUGGCGGUCAGACUGCGUUGAGCGUAGGUAUUGCAUUGAAGGACGAGUUUGAGGGUUUGGGUGUCAAGGUGCUUGGUACUUCUAUCGAUACUGUCAUCACCACCGAAGACCGUGAUCUUUUUGCUCAAGCCCUGUAUGAAAUCAAUGAAAAGUGUGCGCAAUCUUCCUCUGCUAUUACUGUGGAUGAAGCGGUCGCUGCUGCCAAUGAAAUCGGCUAUCCUGUCAUUUGCCGUGCUGCCUAUGCAUUGGGUGGUCUUGGCUCUGGUUUCGCUGACAACAAGAAGGAGUUGAUUGCUCUUUGUAACAAGGCAUUUGCUACCUCCCCUCAAGUCUUGAUUGAAAAAUCUAUGAAGGGCUGGAAGGAAAUUGAAUACGAAGUUGUGCGAGAUUGUCAAGAUAACUGUAUUACUGUUUGUAACAUGGAGAACUUUGAUCCUCUCGGUAUCCACACGGGUGAUUCGAUUGUGAUUGCUCCCUCCCAAACGCUCUCUGACGAGGAUUACAACAUGCUCCGUACCACUGCAGUCAAUGUCAUUCGCCAUUUGGGUGUUGUGGGUGAAUGCAACAUUCAGUACGCUUUGAAUCCAUUCUCCAAGGAAUACUGCAUCAUUGAAGUCAAUGCCCGUCUGUCUCGUUCAUCUGCUCUUGCCUCCAAGGCCACUGGCUACCCACUUGCCUUUGUCGCUGCCAAGCUUGGCUUGGGUAUUCCCUUGAACGAGAUCAAGAAUAGUGUGACCAAGGUGACAUGCGCUUGUUUCGAGCCUUCCUUGGAUUAUGUUGUUGUCAAGAUUCCUCGCUGGGACCUCAAAAAGUUCAACCGCGUCAGCACUGCUCUCUCUUCCUCCAUGAAGUCUGUGGGUGAGGUGAUGGCCAUUGGUCGCACAUUUGAAGAAACUAUUCAGAAGGCUAUCCGUGCCAUUGAUUUCAACUUUGUUGGUUUCAGUGAGAACGAAUUUGUUGCUGCGGACGACAUUGAUUUCGAACUGACUAACCCCUCUGAUCAGCGUCUCUUUGCUAUUGCCAACGCCAUGAACAAGGGCUACACUGUCGACAAGAUUUGGGAGAUGACCAAAAUUGAUAAAUGGUUCCUGAACAAGCUGAUGCACAUUGUCAACCUGGGUAAUCGUUUAAAUGGCUUCAGCAAGUCCAACGUGCCUGGCAACUUGAUCCGCUCUGCGAAACAACUCGGCUUCUCAGAUCGCCAAAUUGCCUCUCACAUCAACAGCAACGAACUGGCUGUGCGUAGACUUCGCCAAGAGUAUGGUGUCACUCCCUUUGUCAAGCAAAUUGAUACUGUUGCUGCUGAAUUCCCUGCCUUCACCAAUUAUCUGUACAUGACAUACAAUGCAGUUGAGCACGACGUUGAUUUUGAAGACAAGGGCAUUAUGGUGUUGGGUUCAGGUGUCUACCGUAUCGGCUCUUCUGUCGAGUUUGAUUGGUGUGCUGUGCGUGCUAUUCGUACUAUUCGUGAACAGGGUCUCAAGACGGUUAUGGUCAACUACAAUCCUGAAACGGUGUCGACGGAUUACGACGAAGCAGAUCGUCUCUAUUUUGAAAACAUCAACCUGGAGCGUAUCUUAGAUAUCUAUGAAAUCGAGAAAUCCUCUGGUGUGUUGAUGUCGAUGGGCGGUCAAACACCAAACAACAUUGCCUUACCACUAUACCGUCAAAAUGUCAAGGUGCUUGGUACGUCUCCCGAGAUGAUUGAUAACGCUGAAAAUCGCUACAAGUUCUCUCGUAUGUGUGAUAGCAUUGGUGUUGAUCAGCCCCUCUGGAAAGAACUGACUAGCUACGAAGAGGCCGAAGUCUUUUGCGAGAAUGUCGGUUUCCCUGUGUUGGUCAGACCCUCGUAUGUUCUUUCUGGUGCUGCUAUGAAUGUCGUCUUUUCCAAGGAUGAUCUUGCCUCUUACCUCAAAGAAGCUGCUGCCGUCUCACGCGAUCAUCCUGUUGUCAUUACAAAGUACAUUGAGGAAGCCAAGGAGGUAGACAUGGACGCUGUGGCUCUCGAUGGUAAGCUGAUCAUGCAUGUCAUUUCUGAGCACGUUGAAAAUGCUGGUGUUCACUCUGGCGAUGCUACGCUCGUCUUGCCUCCUCAGGAUCUUGAUCCAGAGACCAUCCGCAAGAUUGAAGUUGCCACUGCCAAGAUUGGUCGUGCCUUGAACAUCACAGGCCCCUUCAACAUUCAGUUCAUUGCCAAAAACAAUGAGAUCAAGGUGAUUGAGUGCAACGUGCGUGCUGCUCGUUCGUCUCCUUUUGUAUCCAAGGUCAUGGGUGUAGAUUUGAUCGAAAUGGCUACACUUGCCAUGCUGGGCCUUCCUGUCACACCUUAUCCCAAGGUGGACAUUCCCAAGGAUUAUGUUGGUGUCAAGGUGCCUCAGUUUUCGUUCAGUCGUUUGUCAGGCGCUGAUCCCAUCCUGGGUGUCGAAAUGGCUUCUACGGGUGAAGUUGCUUGCUUCGGCAAAGACAAGUUCUCUGCUUACCUCAAGGCACUGUUGGCUACUGGCCUGACAUUACCCAAGAAGAACAUUCUCUUCUCUAUUGGCUCAUACAAGGAGAAGCAAGAGUUGCUGCCUUCUGUCCGUAAGUUGCACCAACUGGGCUACAACAUCUUUGCUACCACGGGUACUGCUGAUUUCAUCUCUGAGCACAACAUACCAGUUAAGCAUUUGGAUACGCUGGAUGCUGAUACCGAUGACAAGCUCAAGGCCGAGUACUCUCUUCAACAGCACUUGUCCAACAAUUUGAUUGAUUUGUACAUCAACUUGCCUUCUCGCAACCGUUUCCGUCGCCCUGCCUCCUACAUGUCCAAGGGUUAUCGCUCUCGUCGUAUGGCUGUUGAUUACUCUGUCCCUCUGUUAACCAACGUCAAAUGUGCUAAGCUCUUUAUUGAAGCACUUGCCCGUAACAAGGACAAUGAGAUCUUGAGCAUCGACUGCAAAUCAAGCCAUACGCAAGCCCAAUUGCCUGGCUUGUUCAACAUGAACGCUUAUCUGGAGAACAGCGAUGAGUUUGCUGCUGUUGCUAAGGCCUCUCUGUCUGCUGGCUUCACUACUGUCUCUGCUUUUGUCAAGGAUGUCACCAACGAUAUUACGUUAGAUAAGCUCAGUGAUAUGGCUCGCAAGGAAGCCUACGCUGACUAUCUAUUGAAUAUUACUGCCACCGCUGAUAAUGCUGCUCAAGUGGGCGACUAUGCGUCGGAUGCCGCUGCUGUCUACCUCAAUACAGAUCGCAUUGGCUCUGGCAAGGUCUCUGUGUUUGACUCUGCCUUCUCCUCAUGGCCCAACUCCCAACUGAUUGUCACUGACGCCAAGGGAACUGAUCUUGCCUCUCUUUUGCUGUUGGCCUCCCUUCAUAACCGCGUUAUCCACGUCUCCAAUGUGGUUAGUAAGGCAGAUUUGGCUUUGAUCAAGAUGAGUAAGAAGAAGGGUAUGUCCAUUACCUGUGAUGUUGCCAUCUAUUCUCUAUUCUUUCAUUCUGAAGACUUUGAAAACACCGAGCUUCUGCCUACCAAAAAAGAGCAAGAAGCUUUGUGGAAGAAUUUGGAUGUCAUUGAUUGCUUCACUAUUGGCUCUGUCCCUCGCAAAUUGGCUGCUGAACUCGGCCAACCUGCUGACGCUACGGCUGGUAUUCACGAAGCAUUGCCUCUGCUUUUGGGCGCUGUUUCUCAAGGCCGCUUGACCAUCAGUGAUGUUUCUGAACGUCUCUACGAUAAUCCCAGAGCCAUCUUUGGUAUUUCUGCUCAGCCUGAUACUUCCAUUGAAAUUGUUGUUGAUCGCAAGAUCAAGUGGCCUGUCGAUGUAAAUAACUGGUCCCCUAUCGCUGGUCGCACUGUACACGGUUCAGUGGAAAGAGUCAUUAUGGAUGAAACAACCAUGUUCAUGGAUGGAUCCUUUACUGAUGGAGCCAAGCUAGGUCGCGAUGUCUCUCUUCAAGCUCAAGCUGUCAAGACUGGCAAGACCUUUGAGAGCGAUCAAAAGGAGAGCAAGGCGCAUAAGCAAGCAGAGCAGCAAACGCAACAGCAAAUUGAGCAGAGCUCAGUAGCCCUCGAAAGCACAGCUGUCCAAGAAGACCGCAUUCCUCGCUCUUCUGACCCUGUGAGAUUAGCUGGUGCCGCUGGCCAACAACUGGUGUCUCUUCAAGUACCUCGUUUCGAGAUUUCCGCCUCUCUCGCUCGUGUUGUCGGUCGCUCUCCCUUCUAUCGCAAGCACAUUUUGAGAUCUGCUCAGUUUGACCGUGAUGACCUUCAUUUACUGUUUGGCGUUGCCCAUGAGAUGCGUAAUCUGGUAGAACUCUAUGGCUCCAUCAACUUGUUGCAAGGCCGUGUCAUGAGCACCAUGUUUUUUGAACCCUCUACUCGCACCUCGUCGUCAUUUGAAGCUGCCAUGUACCGUUUGGGUGGUCAAGUAGUCUCUGUCAGUGCUACUACCUCGUCUGUUCAAAAGGGUGAAUCGCUUGCUGAUACUGUGCGCACAUUAGGCUGUUAUGCUGAUCUCAUUGUGCUUCGUCAUCCUCAACCAGGCAGUGCUCAGAUUGCCGCUAAAUACUCCAAGGUGCCUGUCAUCAAUGCAGGUGAUGGUAUUGGCGAGCACCCCACGCAAGCCUUCUUGGAUACAUUUACGAUCCGUGAAGAGCUCGGUACUGUCAAUGGCUUGACCAUCACCUUGGUGGGUGAUCUGAAGAACGGUCGUACUGUCCAUUCGUUGGUUAAGAUCCUGACCUACUAUCAGGUUACCAUCAACUACGUGUGUCCAGAUUCCUUGGCCAUGCCCAAGGAUGUCAUGGAAGAAGUGGCUGCUGCUGGCAUCAAGCAGAACGUCUAUUCUACAUUGGAUCAAGUCAUUGGUACUACGGAUGUCCUGUACAUGACCCGUGUUCAAAAGGAGCGCUUCAGCACCGAAGAAGAGUAUCGUCGUGUUAAGGAUGCCUACAUUCUGAACAAUGAUGUCUUGAGCAAGGCCAAGUCUCAAAUGAUUGUCAUGCAUCCUCUUCCUCGUGUCAAUGAGAUUGAGCCUGAAGUUGAUUUCGAUCAGAGAGCUGCCUACUUUAGACAGAUGAGAUAUGGCCUCUUUGUCAGAAUGGCCUUGCUGGCUCUUGUGAUGGGCACUCAUCGCAGCUAA